AGAAGCCAUUUCAGAAUUGAAGCAGAAAAAUAUCUAGAAAGGGAAACCAGAUCCCAUCUUCGCAAUCCAAAAUCAUGAACGUAGACGAAGAGGUGGAGCGUCUCAAAGAGGAGAUCAAGCGUCUCGGCAAACCUCAAUCCGACGGCUCCUACACGGUUACAUUUGGUGUGCUAUUUAAUGAUGAUAGAUGCGCUAACAUCUUUGAAGCUCUAGUUGGAACACUGCGUGCAGCAAAGAAGCGAAAACUUGUCACAUACGAUGGGGAGCUGCUGUUGCAGGGAGUCCAUGACAACGUUGAGAUCAAGCUGAAAGCAGAAGCAGUGCCAAGUGAUGCAGCUGCGAGUACCUAAAAGGAUGUGGUAUAAAAUCCUUACAGCUUGGACGAGCACGUCGUUUUUCCCUAUUUUGUGAAAUCUGUGUUGUAUCUACCAUGAUGUAAAAUGGAUGCUACUUGCUGCGUUUAUUGUUUUAUGUAUUUCGAGUUUCUGAA